AUGUCAUCCUCCGUGCCUCUUCUUCGUCCCCCUGUUCCUGGCGGCCGCAACAACAGCGGCAGCCCGCGAGCUCCAAAGCUCACUCUAGGCAUCCCUCCAUCUCCCAACGCCAAACCCGUCAAUGGCACUGCCCCCGCCCUGGUCCCUCAACCGGUCCCUCAAAUCGACACCCAGUCCACACCUCAACCUCAGCGCUCGUCAGGUCGACCUGCUCCCCCACGACUGCAACUCGCUACUCCUAUGAAGAGUCAGCAGAAUCUGCAUCAGUCAGCAGUCAUGCCCAACGGUCGACCAGCCCCGCCCCCGCUGACCAUGAAUACAAGUGGCUUGGGAGGAAAUGGAGGUGCGCCUAAAUUGUCACUUCAGACAAAUGGCACACCCGCAAACUAUUUUCGAAAUCCGGAUGGCUCAUCGGAUCCUUCAUCGGCGAUCAGCUCAGUGUACUCGGACCGCGAGGGUGGAGACCGUGAUAACAAUGUCAAUCUAGUUCUCCCUGAUCUGAGUAAAUUGAGUUUGGAGAAGGGCCGGCCCCUCGAUGUGGAUGAUCUCGAUGAUGAAGGCUGGCACGCGGCCAGUGAACAGAACAUGAUCGUUGACCUAGGAAGUCUCGGAGAAGGUGCUGGCGGCGCGGUCACCCGAUGCAGACUCAAGGAGGGAAAGACUGUGUUUGCACUGAAGAUCAUCACUACGGACCCCAAUCCUGAUGUCAAGAAGCAAAUUGUGCGUGAGCUCAACUUCAACAAAGACUGCGCUUCGCAUCACAUCUGUCGUUACUACGGUGCUUUCAUGGACAAGUCAACUGGCACAAUCUCUAUCGCUAUGGAAUUCUGUGAGGGUGGAAGUCUAGACAGCAUCUACAGGGAAGUAAAAAAACUCGGAGGUCGUACUGGAGAGAAGGUCCUCGGCAAGGUGGCAGUAGGCGUCUUGAACGGGUUGACCUAUCUCCACAGUCGAAAGAUCAUCCAUCGAGACAUCAAGCCUUCCAACAUUCUUUUGUGCCGCGACGGCCAGGUUAAACUGUGCGAUUUCGGUGUCAGUGGUGAAUUCGGCACCAAGGGUGACGCCAACACCUUCAUUGGUACAUCUUACUACAUGGCCCCAGAACGUAUCACGGGUCAAUCAUACACCAUCACCUCCGACGUUUGGUCUCUCGGUGUGACUUUGCUCGAAGUCGCGCAGCACCGAUUCCCCUUCCCUGCCGACGGGACUGAGAUGCAGCCCCGCGCAGGGCUGAUCGAUCUGCUCACUUAUAUCGUCCGUCAACCCAUUCCCAAGCUGAAGGACGAACCAGAAAAUGGCAUUCAUUGGUCGGAUAACUUUAAAUACUUCAUCGAAUGCUGCUUGGAAAAAGAACCCCCUCGACGCGCGACCCCCUGGCGGAUGCUGGAACAUCCUUGGGUACAGGAAAUGUCAAACAAGAAGGUCAACAUGGCCAACUUUAUCAAGCAGGUGUGGGAUUGGAAGGAGUAA